AUGGUCGAAACGUUCAAGGCGACUGACAAGGCCCAGAGAACGCGGGAAACCAAAAAGACCAAGAAGGAGAAGGAGCAGAAGCGCCGGGACUCACUCGAGUCCACUGGAUCCCAACUUUGCCUUGAAGCUGAGCAAAGGAUUGUCAAGCGGCAACGCAUUGCAAACACGGCACCCAUCAAGAAGGAAGAUAGCGACGUGGUCACUCAAGAAAUUCUUGAGUUCGAAAAGCAGAAGCAUGCCGACGACCAUGCUUAUAGAAUGCAGCGGCUUGAGUUUGACAAGGAGGAGCAAAAGCUCCGGUUGGCUCAAAUGGCCGAGAGCACAAAAAGAAACGAAUAA